CUAUUAACAAUUUCAGCACAAGCGGGCCUCGUUACGUCGCCAAUUCUUGAAAACUCAAUUUUUAAGUUACUUAUGUCUGCAUUAUUCCCUAUUAUUAUUUAUUUUUAUUAUUAUGCCCGACCAUAUAGUCAAACUGUGAAGGUAUUCAGAAAGCCUUUCACAAUUUUUUCAGAAUAUCAAGAACAGCA